AUGUCAAAUAGCUCACGCCAACUUACUUCCGAAUCACCUGCCCGUGCCGGUGGAGAUAACGGUACAACACCGUCGGCAAACUUAAAGCCCGUUCAGGUGAAAUUAGUGCUCCUUGGUGAAGCUGCAGUUGGAAAAUCUAGCUUAGUGCUCAGGUUUGUCAAUAAUGAAUUUCAAGAAAAUAAAGAGCCCACUAUUGGAGCUGCAUUCUUAACACAGAAAUGUCGCCUGGAAGAUAAAGUAAUUAAAUUCGAAAUUUGGGACACUGCUGGUCAAGAAAGAUUUCAUUCUCUGGCCCCAAUGUAUUAUCGUAAUGCUCAGGCGGCUGUGGUUGUUUAUGACGUAACAAAAGCUACUUCGCUUGAUAAAGCAAAAUCUUGGGUGAAAGAGUUGCAGCGUCAGGCGAAUCCCAACAUUGUUAUUGCUCUCGCUGGAAAUAAAAUAGAUCUUGUUCAGCAAAAUGAAGAAGGCGAUGAAGAUGAUUCCAUGAAAUCCAGACGAGAAGUUCCAACCGGAGAAGCAAAAGCCUAUGCUAAUGAAAUUGGCUUGCUAUUUUUUGAGACUAGUGCAAAAAAAGGCGAAGGUGUACGGGAGGUAUUCACGGAAAUUGCCAAAAAGAUUCCACUUGAACACAUCAUUAGUCGUCCACGUCAAGUUAGUAACAAUAGGGGAGACCAUCUAAAC